AUGGCCACCAACCCGUUACCGCAGGAUAUGCCCAACCCCUACACACCUUUGGCAUGGCUGCCGCCUGCCACUGCCAAUGACUUUGAGGGCUCGCGUUAUCUGUAUGUUGCCACCCUCUCUGCAUUCAUCUGGGACUGGAUGAUGGCAUGGCCGGACGAGUAUAGGAUCAUCAUCAAGGCUCCUAUCCGUCUUUCCAAUAUUAUUUAUUGUAUCUCUCGAAUCGGCGCGUUCGCUUACAUCCUGACAAGUACUAUCUUCCAGAUCGCUUCGGUAGGCUCUUGCCAGGCCCUCCAAGUUGCCUUGGGCUCUUGCUUCACAGUCGGUGUCCCAGCUACCUCUGCGCUCUUCUAUCUUCGCGUCUGCGCAGUCUUCCACAACUCCCGCCUUAUCAUGGUAAUUUUCGGGGUGCUAUGGCUCUCUAUUCUCGGCACCUCCUUCACAGUUCCAUUCGCUAUUAGCGGCACGCACAUUGGGACAACAGACAAGUGCAUCAAUAGCAGCGUGAAAUCGUACAGUUCCGCCGCCGUAAUCACUACCACUGUGAACGACACACUUGUUUUCCUGUUCAUUUCAGUCCGGCUCGUCUCCUUUUCAAUGCAAGGGAACGGCAUUGGAGACCGACUCAGGUCAUUCACUCGAGGUGACGGAUUGCCAAAAAUUUCGAAAAUGCUCCUCCAAGGCGGUCAACUGUAUUACUUCGUGACUGUCGCUCUGAACAUUCUCACGAUGGCGAUGAUCCUCUCCCCGAGCGUGUCGCCCGUCUUCCGCGCGAUGUUCACUAUUCCGAAUGUUGCACUGGAGAAUGCGAUGGCGACGCGCGUGUUCCGUGCGGUCCACCUGGGCCUCAUCUCCCACGGGGACACGUCGUCGCAUAGUUCCGGCCCGUCGCGCGGGCCCGUGUUCAUGAACCACGCCUCGCGCGGCGGCGUCUCCGCCAGCCGCGGGGUCGGGCGCGACGUGUACCCGCUCGAGACGCGCGUGUUCGACCACGCUACACUCGGGAACCAUAUCGAAAUCACCAAGACGUUGGAGACGCACCGUGAUAUAGAUGACUUGCCCGCCAAGCGGGAGUCGUUGACUGAUGUCGAAUCCGGGCUGGGUCAGGUAUAG